AUGGACGGUUUGGAUGAAUUUGAGAAAAGUUUGGCGGCGGAAAAGGCAGAGAGGGAGAAGAGUGAAAGAAGUUCGCGCAAAGAUAAGGAUCGGAAGCAUAGACAUCAUCAUAGAUCGCGGCAUCACAGGUCCAAGGAGGACGAUGGUGAAGACAGAGACGAUCACCGACAUAAAAGAUCAAGGCAUUCAAAACACGACGAUGAAGAAGACGAUGAUAGAAGGAAGCGCACACAUGAAAAGUUAUCAGAUCCCAAGGAAGAUCUACCAAUUCCAGAUGAAAAGGAAGCAGAAGUUCGACCAAAAGUUAUUCGCGAUUCUUGGAUGAUGGACCCUUCAGCUUUCGAAUUCGAUUAUACCCAAAAAGGAUCUAAGAAGCCUACCGAGCCAAAAGUUGCACCUAGACCUGAUUACGAUUUGAAAAUUCAUAAAAAGGAGCUUAAUCACCACUUGCAGGAUUUAAAUGAAGGAGUCAAAAAACUGGAUGAUAUCGAGGCAGGACAUGAAGUUGAUUACACGUUUGGGGAUUCAGGAGCUCAAUGGCGAAUGACAAAAUUAAAGGCAGUGUAUACCCAGGCGGAACAAAGUGGAAAGCCCAUCGACGAGGUAGCUAUAGCACGGUUUGGAGGUUUGCGUGAGUUUGAUGAUGCGCGAGAAGAACAAAUAGAGCUUGACCGUCGAAGACUAUAUGGGAAAGGUUAUGUGGGGAAAGAGAAGCCCAGCGGAGAGUUGUUUCAGGAGAGAAAGUUGAAUUUAGGUACUAGGAGAGGUUCGGUACCACACCAGGAUGAGCCAGCAGAGUUACCACAGGGGAAGAUUAUGGAAGAAACAAGUGCACCUUCCGUUCAGCUCGAUGCCACGGCUCUGAACCGAUUGAAGGCUCGGAUGAUGAAAGCAAAGCUCAAGAAGUCACCCGAUGCUGCGAGACUCGAGGCAGAAUAUAACGCUGCAGCUUCCGCCGCAUCAGCAACUACUUCAGAACCUAGUGUUGUAGUAUUGGGCAAGAUGGAUAAUAGAAUGUUAGCUGGAACUCGUGGAGAAGUGAAGUCGAUUGAUAACAAGAGGGGUCGCGAGAGAGGACUGGUGGAAGAAAAUGAAGAUAUGACUAUUGAAGAUAUGGUGCGUGAAGAACGACGAACGAAAGGGCAAGCCGGUGGUGAUGGUAUGCGUGCCGCUGAACGCAUUGCUAAAGAUGCUAAAUUCGACAAUGACCUCGAUUACAUGGACGACAACGCAAACAAGCUUGCGAAACGCGUACAAAAGUCCGAAAUCAACUUGAGGAAUACAGCCAUAGGGGAUUUCCAAAAGAUGAAUCGCAUUCUGGACUCCUGCCAAUUGUGUCACCACGAAGACAAGAAUCAACCUCCCGUUGCGCCGAUCGUCUCUCUGGCUACACGAGUUUAUCUUACGCUCCCGACCGAGCCGGAAUUGAGUGAUGGUGGAGCCGUAAUUGUACCCAUUCAGCACCGGACAAACCUCCUCGAAUGCGAUGACGAUGAAUGGGAGGAGAUUAGAAAUUUCAUGAAAUGUCUAACACGCAUGUACCAUGAUCAAGGACGAGAUGUAGUAUUUUAUGAAAAUGCCGCAACACCACACCGAAAAAUGCACGCAGCCAUGCAAGCGGUACCACUGCCCUAUAGCCUAGGAGAAACCGCUCCAGCCUUCUUCAAAGAAGCUAUCCUCACUUCGGAUGAAGAAUGGACACAGCAUAAGAAACUCAUCGACACAGCAGCACGCGCACGAGACGGUCUUGGAAAACUAGCCUUUCGCCGAUCCAUCGCUAAGGAAAUGCCCUAUUUCCACGCUUGGUUUGAUCUGGAUGGUGGCUUGGGACAUAUAGUAGAAGAUGCGAAUCGUUGGCCCCGGGGAGAUCUUUUCGCGAGGGAAAUCAUCGGCGGUAUGUUGGAUAUUGAGCCUGAUGUUAUUAAACGACAAGGUCGAUGGAGUCGAGGAGGGGAUAAAAGAUUAGAGGGUUUUAGGAAUCGUUGGAAGAAAUUUGAUUGGACGAAAGUACUUACUGACGAGUAA